AUGUUUUUGUUCAAGCUUCUUCUAGGGGCCUUGUUUAUAAGGAUUGUUUCAUCAAGGGAACUGGCAAACAAUGAAAUCUGCUUUUCUGCCGUUUACAGGGCGUAUAAACCUAUAAAAUUUGCCGGUCCUGCUGGCAAAAAACAAUGGGUUAUGUACUGCCGGAACCGUUUGAAGGUAGCAUCUAUAUACGCAUCCGCAAAAGUGUACUGCCAACCCGAAGAAAUACUUUCCGGAGUCGGCGUUCUUGAGGAGAAUUGUCAGCGGCGCAUCUCUCAGCCUUUGCUACCGAUGUCAGACUUUGCUGCCAACCUCACCGACGAAACUAUUGCUAAAAUGAAAGUUAUCGAAAACGGAGAAAUAUCGCCAGAGAAAAAGGUCAACACACCGGUUCUGAUUUCCAAGAAAUUUUUCGAUCUUUCAUUGAAGACAGUUGUAUGGAAGCCUCUAACUCAAAAAGUAUAG